GCUGUUCCAAUGCAUAUCGACCGGUUAUCUUCCGCAUCGGGAAUCAAAUGACAGACUGAACCCGUUGAUUUUCCGGCCCGCAACGCUCUUACCGUAUUUAGGCAGCCCGAAGCCACUCAUUUAUUGCCGUCUUAUCAUUCUCACUUUCUAUACAACCUUUACUCGUAACAUAUUCCUAUCCACAUACACAAAUAUCACAUCACCAUGGCACCUGCUGCGACUACGACACCUGGAGUGAGCUGGGAGGCAAAGGGCUUCAAGGCAGUGGAUAAGACCAAGACGAUCCGAGUCCAGGAGGAUGGUCUCAAGUAUCCCGAGUACUAUCCCUAUAAUGACCCCAACGACAAGUUUCCUGACCCAGAACCAUUCGAUUAUCACGAGAGGGCGCUGGACGCCGACCCCUCCCUACCUGUAUUCUACAACGACCAUGUGACCGUUGAAGAGAUCACCCCGUUCAUCGGUGUGAAAGUCACCGGACUGGACUUGGCUUCGCUUGACAAGGCUGGUCAAGACCAGCUCGCCCUGCUUGCCGCCAGGAAGGGUAUCGUUUUCUUUGCGAGCAACGACAAGGUCAAGCAGACCUAUCGCGACACGUCGAUGGAGCGCAAACUCGAGAUGGCUCGUUACUACGGUCAGCUCCACCAACACUCAGUACAGCCUCGUCCCCCUACAUCGACCGAAAUCUCGGUCGUGUACCAGGACAAGGUCAAUACUGUUCGUAAACAUUGGUGGCCCAACCGACUCACCAACGCCAUCUGGCACAUCGACCAGACCCAAGAGCGACAGCCACCAGGGAUCACCUUCUUCUGCUGCAUGCAGCAUGAUGCACCUUCUGGCGGCGAUACUCUUGUCGGGUCUCUGGUCGAGGCGUACAAUCGACUUAGCCCAAAGAUGAAGGAAUUUGUUUGUGGUCUGAAAGCAGUCCACUCGUCUGCCGUUAUGUCCGCUAAGGCAGCUCGUGUCGGAGGAGCUUCCCGACGUAACGAGAUCGAGUCUUUGCACCCUCUGGUGACCGUACAUCCUGCCACUGGCUCCAAAUCGCUCUACAUCAACCCGGAAAGGAUGACCUACAUCGAAGGCUUGCGCAACGAAGAGAGCGACAACAUGCUUAAAUUCCUUUCUGACCAUGUCAAGCUAGGUGCGGAUUUCCAUGCUCGUUACAAAUGGUCAGAGGGCGACGUCUGCGUCUGGGAUCAGCGUGUGAUCAUCCAUUCCGCCGUUCUCGACAACAUGACGCACCGUCGUCACUUUAUCCGUAUCACCGCUCUGUCCUCAGUGCCUAUUCAAGCCACAUACGACCCUAAAGACGAGGAGAACGAUGAGGAAGAGUAGUAAGAGACAUGUUUGUAGUACCGAUGUAACUGUGAGAUUGUGAAGUGAUCGCUCUUCCUUCUUAAUAAGCAUCUAGCGGAAGAAGCUACCUCUCAGGGGGUGAAAGAGAGUACAUUCAGACGUUUCUAAAUUAUUGUUUUGGUGUCUAGGUUCCGGUAUGAUAUCUCUCUAUCUUGGGAUCAUCCUGAUACCAAAAUAUGCAUUGGGCGUGACUUGUGGAA